GAAUAGAGUUCCCAUCUUAGCCAUCAUAAACAAAAAAUCCAUUCAACCAAAAUACCAAAUACUUCUCUCACUUUCUUUCUCAAGUCCUAACAGUCAUAAAAAUGUUAUGAUUUGUCAAUUAUACAAACUAUCAUCCCACCUAAAACCGAUUCAAAAACCUCUCUGAAAACAUACAAUCAUGGACAAAAAAUCAAACCCCAAUUCAAUGCGAGUCCUAAUUCGUCCUCCUGCAACUCCUCAACCCUCACCAUCAUCAUCCUCAUCCUCCUCCACAACUCCUCCUUCCGGCGUCGUCGUCGUCGGAUUCAUCGGCCGACGACACGGCGAUGUUUCGCAGGUCAUCAAUCGAAUUCUGGACUCCAAUGUCUUCGGUUCGGGCCGAGCCGAUUCUCCCCUCGGCAUUUCCCUUGAGAAUCAACACUUGUUGCUCACUGAUCAGCUUAAGCAUUGGUUCAACAAUCGAAGAAUUAGCUAUCAUCUUGAUGAACUUAAGAAUUUGCUCUUUCUUCAAAUGUCUUCAACUACAUGUCCAGCUAUGAGGUCUCUUUCUGGGGUUGAUUCUCUUCUUGAUGACCAAUAUUUUGGGGACCUUCAGGGUAUGCUCUUCAUGUUCACGGUUUGCCAUGUAAUUAUCUACGUCCAAGAGGGGUCACGUUUUGAUACGCAGGUUCUAAAAACCUUACGAGUGCUGCAAUCUGCAAAACAUGCUCUGAUGCCUUUCUUAAGAUCACAUAGUAUAUUGCCUUCAGUUACUAGACCUUCAUCGUCAUCUUCUCGUCCUCCUACACCAGCAACAUCCUCUAAGAGUCCUUCCCCACGAAGAGGCAGUUCAAAUCGAAACAGUUCUAUAUCUGGCAUGUCAAACUUAGGUUCAUAUGCUGCACUAUUUCCUGGGCAGUGCACUCCUGUUACGCUCUUUGCUUUUGUUGAUGAUUUCUCAGAAAUGGCCAAGUCCAGUGCUGUGGUUGAGGAGGCAAAUGAAUCCUCCUCUAGUCAGUUAGGUUUGGGUAGCUUGGCUAGAUCAAAUCUUCCAGUGAAGGGUUCUAGUUCGGUUGUUGUGCUGUCUCGCCCAACAAAUAAGUGUGAAGGUGGUUUAUUUAAGAAAUUGCAAUCUUCAGUUGAAGCCCAGAUUCGAUUUUUAAUAAAAAAAUGCCGGACACUUACGGGUUCUGAAAGUAGUAGUCAGUUAGGUUCAAGAAGUGGUGCUACAUCUGGAUUGGCUCCCUUACUAACCCUUGAUGCAUCUAGAGCUGUUGUGCUUUUAGACAGCUCUGGUAUUUUGAGGGGCGAGUCUCUUGAUUUUGCCACAGGCCUUGUAGAAGAUGUUUUGAGUGGAAAGGCAACGCCCGAUGCUUUGUUGCUUGAAAGUCAUAGUCAGAGUGGAAUUAAGGAUGACAUUGUGACUCUAAAGGAGUUUAUUUUUAGGCAGGCUGACAUUCUAAGGGGAAGAGGGGGGCUGAUUACAAAUGCCAACAGUGGUUCAGCGUCAGGCGUUGGUAUGGUUGCUGUUGCAGCUGCCGCGGCCGCGGCAGCAUCUGCAGCAUCUGCUGCUUCCGGAAGAGUGACUAGUGUUCCUGAGCUUCCAAGCUUAGAGAUGUGGUUGUGUUCCAGCCAACUAAUUCUAAAAGGAAUAUUGUCUGCAAUACCUGGUUCUGUUGAUGACACUGAUAUAAUCAGAAGGAAAUUUCGGCAACGGAAUGCUGGCCCGCCUCCUGUUGAUGGGGGUGCUCCUAAAGGUGUUGAUCCACUUGGCACUGCAGUGUUUCUGUUGGAGAGUGGGAAGGGGAUCAACAGAAAAUUUUCUGCAGUAUGGUGUGAAAGAGCCCUACCAGCUGCUAUGGAAGUUUAUUUGAAAGACCUGCCUCCCUGUUAUCCAACAUCAAAGCAUGAAGCUCAGUUGACAAAGGCUCUGAAUGCCUUCCACUCAAUGGUAAAGGGUCCUGCUUUGCAAGAAUUCAAGAAAAAGUUGGAGGAUGAAUGCAUGUCAAUCUGGAAGUCUGGGAGGCAAUUAUGUGAUGCUAUAAGUUUGACAGGAAAACCGUGCAUGCACCAGAGACAUGAUGUCAAGAACGAUGGGUUUGCUUCAGAUGCGGGCAAGGAACAUAGCAGUGGAUUUGUAUUUCUUCAUGCUUGUGCUUGUGGCCGCUCUCGACAAUUACGAGCUGACCCUUUUGAUUUUGAGUCUGCGAAUACCAAAUUUAAUAUAUUUUCUGAUUGUGAUAAGCUUCUUCCUACAUUGCAACUGCCAAAAGUUAGUGAUAAUUGGCCUAUUCAGCCUUCAUCAUGGAAUGUUGUUCGCCUUGGAGGCACACAGUACUAUGAUCCUUCUAAAGGUUUGCUUCAAGCUGGGUUUUCUUACAAUCAAAAGUUCCUUUUAAGAUGGACUGUUGUUCUUGAGAAAGAUAAGCACUCAACUGUCUCAUUCGCUAAUGCUUUGAGGCAAGGUUCCUUCCGCAGUAAACCAGACUUAAAACUCGAAAGUGCUGUCAAGGAUGCUAAAAGAAGUACAGUACUGGUGGAGCCAGGUGAAGUCGAAAGUGGAGUUGAAGGCAACGUGAAAGUUGUGGAUGAUUCUAUAUCUGAUCAUAGAAAGAUUAGUUUUGGUAGAGGUCUUCCAAUUACCACAAUGAAAAAAGCUUUUUCUGAGGUUGUUGCUGGAUCAACAUCUUCCAAUUCAGCAUUUCCCCCCUUACAGCCAAAGGCACAAUUGACAUCUGGUCCUGGAAAAAAUGUUAAGAAGAUUGCCGUAAGAGUUGCAAGUACAGAGAAGAUUAACAUUUCUGCUAGUGAUGCUCAAAGGUCUGAAAAAUCUGAAGAGAUCCAUUCUGCAGGAGCAGAAAACUCAACUGGAAUAAACAAUGUUGGCCAUGUUAAUGCUAACCCCUUCUUGCAUAUAGGUACCACUGUAAUUCCAUUGAAUGUCGAUGAUCGCAAAAAUGCUUCUGAGAUGAUUAAUACCCAUGGGGGGAAGACUAGUUUUGAUCCAUCUGUCAGGCACUUUGUAGUCUAUGUUGGUUUUGAGCAUGAAUGUCCUCGUGGCCACCGAUUUAUAUUAUCUUCAGAGCUUCUGGACCAACUUGGGCAACCAUACUCUUUGCCUGAAGAAUCUCAGGUUAUACGUCCUGCGGAAAUUGGUAACCGUAAGCAUAGGGGUUCCUUGAAAUUCAGUAAGAGUGAUAUUCACGGUAAAGCUCAUCGACUGCCAAAUGGUAAUGCUGCAGUAAUGCACAAGCUAAGCAGCAUGGAAGCUAAAGCUGUGGUUGAUAGUGGUAUUAUUAUGGAUGAGAUAUCUUUGUCCAAGUCACUGGAGCAGACACCCCGUGAUUCGUCAAUGCUACCUAAUUCUGGCACAGAUUCUCAUCAGGGUCACCGUUCUCUGAAUGUUGAGAAUAACGGGCCUGCCUUUUCAUUGCUUAACAGAAGUUUACCACUGUACAUGAAUUGCCCACAUUGCAGAGCAUCAAAGAAUAAGGAUGUUCAAAAUUUGAAGUUUGCCAGCACAAUAUCUCAGUUACAGAGGAUUUUUGUGGUUACACCUCCAUUUCCUGUUGUACUAGCAACCAACCCUGUUGUACAAUUUGAGGGAUCCCAUCAAUGUGAAGGUUUUGCAAGCCAUGAACAGCAGCUGCAAUUCAGCCUUGGGUGUCAAGUUAUUUUGCCUCCAGAGAGUUUUGUCUCAAUCAGGCUCCCCUUUGUCUAUGGCUUCCAAGACAAAGAUAAGGGAUUGCUUCCUCUUAAUCCAUUUGAACCUCAACCCGAGUUGACUGCCUGGAUAAUGCAAGGGACAGCACUGAAGGCCAUUUUUAAGGGAAGCAGUUCAGACUAAGAGCUUCGCAGAUGCAUGUGCUCUUUUCUUUGAUAUUGGGCAAGGUCAGUGAUCUGACUGAUUCAAGCUUCAGGAACGCCAAAGGCUGAAGCUAUCAUCAAACUUUUAUCUAUCCAAGGCAUUUGGACUAAACACAAAGCAUGGGUCAAGACUGAUGUGCUUCGGGGAAAAAAGAAAGAAAGGAUCAUCGUCUUUAGAAAAUGAAGGAGAAGAUAUCAAGUCUCUUGACUAAGUCAAAUGUUUCUAGUGUUGCGGGAAAGAAUAUAACUCAACUCCGUUCUACUGAUGGUCUAUGCUUCUUGCGUUGCCAAGUCUAAACUGCAAAUUGAACGUUUCUACGGAUGGUCUCUGUGUCUUUUGUGGAGGUGUUGAAAUUGCAAGUAAUCUCUUCUUUGCUUGCUUAAUUCUUUUGCAGUUUUGAAGCACUAAGAUCCUAGGGAUUAAGAGGCAGGCGUUUGAUUUUUGAUGUUGAGACACUGAAAUGCAGGAAGAUACCAGUAAAUGACAGGCUAUCUACGAGAUCUAGUAAGCUGAGGAAACUGGAGAGUUUUUGUAAUUCUCAUUCUCUUGCUGGUCCAAUUGUGCUUCAAAGCAUCCUGCAUAAGCUCUGUAGCAGCGAACACUUUUUAAUGAUGUAAUUUAGCUUCUUGUACAUGAAGAGACUUCGUCAACCCUUCCUAGAAGACAGGAAGAAAGGUAAUACUUAGGCAAUUUUUUCAAAGGCUCGAAGCUAGGGUGUUUUGCUAACGAUUAGGUUACAGUCCUAAAUGGCAAUGGAACCAUCGAUGUUAAGGGUACGGUUUACCAACCAUGUAUACAUCACUCAGCUGCAUGCAGCAUGCUAGUGUUCAUGUCAAUGCUUGUUUAUGUUAAA